AUGCAGGCAGACUCCCUUCUUCACAGCGGCUACUUCCACCCUGUACUACGCUCCUGGCAGUGUACGGCAACCACCUUUGAUGCCUCCAACCUCAUCUACCCCAUUUUUGUCACUGACAGCCCUGAUGCAGUGGAGCCAAUCCCCAGCCUCCCUGGACAAGCCAGGUACGGAGUCAACAAGCUGGAGGAGAUGCUGCAUCCCCUCGUCGAAGAUGGUCUGAAGUGUGUGCUCAUCUUUGGGGUGCCCAGCAAGGUCCACAAGGAUGAGAGAGGCUCUGCUGCUGAUGCAGAGGACACACCUGCCAUCCAGGCAAUUAAGAAGAUCCGCUCCACCUUCCCAGAGCUGCUCAUAGCCUGUGAUGUCUGCUUGUGCCCUUACACCUCCCACGGGCACUGCGGCAUCCUGCGUGAAGACGGCACCAUCCAGAACGAGAUCAGCUGCCAGCGGCUGGCAGAAGUGGCGCUGGCCUAUGCCAAAGCAGGCUGCCACAUCGUUGCGCCCUCAGAUAUGAUGGAUGGGCGCAUCGCAGCCAUGAAGAAGGCUCUGAUCUCCAAUGACUUGGGCAACAAGGUCUCGGUGAUGAGCUACAGCGCCAAGUUUGCUUCAUGCUUCUAUGGUCCCUUCAGGGAUGCUGCGCUAUCCAAACCCGCCUUCGGAGAUAGGCAAUGCUACCAGCUGCCCCCGGGCGCCAGGGGCCUGGCGAUACGUGCCGUGGACCGGGAUGUGCGUGAGGGAGCGGACAUGCUGAUGGUGAAGCCGGGGAUGCCCUACCUGGAUCUUGUGAGGGAUGUCAAGGCUCGA